CAAGAUGGACUUGUUAUCAUUACCAGACCAAAUCCUGACUUGUAUCACUUUAAAUCUUCAAUUGAAAGACCUGCUUGCCCUUGGAGAUGUUCAUUCUCGUUUACGCGAACUAGUUUACAAGAAUCCCGAGAUAUGGACCAGUGACUUGCUGUUUCCAGUCCAAGACCCCAAUAUCACAGACAAGUUUAUCAAAACAAUUGUACCGCGCAUUACUCGGCAUUACGGUAUUCUGGAUCUCAAGAUGAUCUGCUUGCCUCUGAGUUGGAAAGGCUACCUGAUGAUAUUUGAUCAAUUUGCGCAUUCCGUCAAACAUAUUGAGAUACAGGCAACCACAAGGAGUUUGGCUGCAUUGGCACAUCAUCUGUCUGUCUUUGCCGGUAAUUUAACACUAUUGCAACGCACAAACAAGAUUCCAAUUACUUUUCGACAAUAUGCUUUGGAUGAAGACGAUGACUAUGCAUUAGGCGAUAACUUGUUACACAAUCUGAAAGAUCAAUUCAAACAUACAAAACUCGAUGAUCCUCCUUUUGAAAGACUUGAAAAGUUUCAAGUGAGUCUAGUUGAUCAAGAAUCAUCUCAUCUUGUUCAACAAUUACAUGUCUUGACAUGUUUCCUAUCAGGAAGACCUGUAGGGGAAUCUAAUAAACGAAUGAGAGAAGAUUAUCCUUUUUGUUCUAACAAGCAUAUCAGACAUGAGACUCAUUCUCAAGCACCACAUUACUUAUACCAAUAAAAUAAAAGCUUUCUUCUUUGGUCUUGAGAAAGAGCAUUUACUUAUAUUAUGAAACCAUUGAAGGCAGAUAACUGUAAAAUAGAGUCUGUAGCAUAUAUAGUGUGGCCCUAAAUGAACUUACUCUAUUGUUUAUGACAUGAAAUAAAAAUCUGCUUGACACGUCAUGAAGCAGUAUGAUUGGGCAACGUAUGGAAAAGCCCUUUGGUCUAUUUAAACACCGCACCAUUUCAUUAAACAGCAACCUGCAACACAAGAAAGGUUCAUCUCUUGCUCU